GCUUCUAAAGUGUUAGUUAACAUGGCUGGCCUCCUCUCCAUUAUUCUAGCUUUCUCAUUCACCCUCUUCCAUCUCUUUACAAAUCUCGAAGCCAAAUCAAUCAACAAAGAUAAUCAUGAAUUCGCAAGAAGCUUAGACCCCAAGAUAUUGAAUCUCAAGAAGGAAAAGCUUACACAGAUGACCUUAUAUUGGCAUGACCUUGCUGAAGGCCAAAACCAAACAUCAAUUGUAUCCGUCCCACCACCGACCAAUACAUCCGCCACACUCUUCGGCCAAAUUAGGGUUAUGGACAAUCCCUUGACUGCAAAACCUUAUCGUAGAUCGAAAGUUAUUGGACGGUCACAAGGAUUGUACGCGUACGCGUCACAAGAAGAGUUCGACUUAUCGAUGGCAAUGAACUUUGUAUUCACAGAAGGGGAGUACAAUGGUAGCUCAUUUACCAUGGUUGGGUGGAACAACGUUCCAGCGGACGUGAGAGAGAUGCCAAUUGUCGGUGGUACCGGGAUUUUCAGGUUUGCUAGGGGUUAUGCGAAGGUUACAAGUUACUAUUUUGUAUACCCGAUUGCGAAUAUUAAGUUUGAUGCCUAUGUGUUGCACUAUUGAUCAAUGUAUGGUCACAAGUUUUAGGUCUCUUACUAGGCCAAAGCUUGUAGUACUUAU